CCCGAGUGUAGCUGGCGUAGUCGCAGUGGUGCGGCAGUCUGCGGGGUCUCGGGUCUGGUGUUCCGGCGCCCGCGCUGGCGAGACUCAGGGCUGUUGUGAGAUCUUCUGCUACACCUCGUAUCACACUUGAAUGUGCAUGCGAAUCAUUUGGGGAUCUGGAGAUGCUGAUUCUGUAGGUCUGCGGUGAGGCCUGAGAGCGCGUCUCGAGCCAGCUUCCAGGGGAGGCUGCUGCUGCUGUUCCUCAGGCCACACUUUGAGCAGGAAGGCCCUACGUUGUUUUGCUUAGUACCCGGGAUGGGGCUAUUUCUGAUGCUUGGAAGCUAUCCUUUCAGCCACAAAGAUGGUAAUAAAUCUUUGCCUUCCACAGUUCAGACCAAGAAUUCACUGCAACAAGAUAUCAGCUGAUGGCUAUGAAGUAGAAAAUCUCAUCUCUGAAGACCUCACAAAGAGAAGUCAUGGUUUUAGGACAGAGUAUUUCAUUAAGCCACCAGUCUAUGUGACAGUUUCCUUUCCCUUCAAUGUGGAAAUCUGUAGGAUUAACGUAGACCUUGCAGCUGGGGGAGGCCAGAAUGUCACUGGCCUGGAAAUGUACACGUCUGCCUCAUCCAGCAGAGGUUCUUGGACUACCCCCGAGGGUCGGACUCCGGGCCCAGCCGAGCCCUCCAUCCCGGACAGGGAGGCGUUCACCUUGGUCGGCAAAGUCUUUUUGAAAAACCAGAGCCAAGUGGUGUUUAACCACAGGGGGUUCAAGGCCAGGCCACCUUUUGGCCCAAUGGAAGCCACACUCCCUUCCCCUGCUGUUGUGGCCCAGGAGCUCUGGAAUAAAGGGGCUCUUUCCCUCAACCACGUGGCCCAUCUCAAGAUCUGUAUCACCCACGUGACAGGCAGCGGUAUCCCUUGCAUCAAGCGGUUAGAAGUGUGGGGUCAGCCAGCCAGAACCUGCUCGCAGGAGGUAAUAGACAGCGUCCUGCUGGUCGCCGCAGAGAGCCUCCCUCAGGACUUGGCUGCACAGGCCCCGGCCUUGCCCAUGGAGAGUGACUGUGACCCUGGGAGCCAGCAGGCGCCCUCCAGCCUGCAGGAGCUGGCGGAAGUGAUCCGGGACGUGCCUGAGGAGUUCCUGGAUCCCAUCACCCUGGAGAUCAUGCCUCGCCCCAUGCUGCUGCCCUCAGGCAAGGUCAUUGACCAGAGCACGCUGGAGAAGUGUAACCACAGUGAAGCCACGUGGGGCCGCGUGCCCAGCGACCCUUUCACGGGGGUAGCCUUUACUCCACACUCCCAGCCCCUGCCGCACCCCUCCCUGAAGGCCCGGAUCGACCAUUUCCUGCUCCAGCACUCCAUCCCUGGCUGCCACCUGCUUGGGCGAGCACAGACUGCUUUGGCAGUGACCCCUUCUUCCAUUGCUCUGCCGUCUCGGAAAAGGAAGAUGGAGCAGGCUGAACAUGUCCCAGACAGUAGCCUUGGUGUAAAUGCUUCCUGUUUUUCUACCACAAGCCUUCUGGUCACACCCACUACCUCAGAGCACACUGCUAAGAAGAUGAAAGCUGCCGGUGAGCUCGGGCUGGCGCACAUGGACUGCUCCACAGGUCCAGUGUCCCAUGAGCAGAAGCUGUCACAAAGCCUGGAAAUUGCCUUGACAUCGACACUUGGUUCCAUGCCCUCCUUCACGGCGCGGCUGACCAGGGGACAGCUCCAGCACCUUGGCACAAGAGCGAGCGGCACUUCCUGGAGGCCGGGCACUGGCUCGGAGCAGCCUGGGAGCGUCCUGGGACCCGAGUGUGCCUCCUGCAAAAGAGUGUUUUCUCCCUACUUCAAAAAGGAGCCCAUCUACCAGCUUCCCUGCGGCCACCUCCUGUGCCGGCCCUGCCUGGGUGAGAAGCAGCGCUCCCUGCCCAUGACGUGCACAGCCUGCCAGCAGCCAGUCGCCAGUCAGGACGUGCUGCGGGUCCACUUCUGAGUGACUGAACGCAGCCUGGAAGACCCGUUGCUGAGAGGAACAGGAGUGGGGGGCCACAGCUCCCCUGAGGCCUGGCCAGGUUCUAGGCACCGCAGGGCCUCUUCUUUCCCAAGGGCUUUCCCUUUAUUACCUCCCACAGUGUAGCACAGGCCUGGAGUGAGGGGUGGGGAGGGGCGCUCCACUCCUGCUCAAGUGGCAAUAGGAUAACAAAGCCAUAGUUUGGGCUGGGAAGGAUGGGAGAGAUGUCCCUGCCCUCCUGUACCUUCCUGCCCCCCCCCCCCACCAGAGCCCUGGACCUGCUAGAGCCAGCCCCACCCUGCUGAGGGCCCCCAAGUUACCUGCAUACACCCCCUCCCCAUCCUGCAGGGCGGAUGUGCGUGGAGCACAGUUGACUGGCUUGGGAUCUCAGAGAGAGCCUCGGCCUUCAGUGUCACCCACAAGUGGACCGUGCUGGGGGUCUGUGGAGUGAAUGACUCAGCCCCCUACUGGCAGAUUAUGCGGAGCCUUAAUAAAGCGAUGGCUGACGUCUGCUGUGGGCUUCCUCCUGGCGGAUUGCCUGUCUGUGUCGUCAUGCUCCUGUCCCCUACCUGCAUCCACGCAAAGUGGGACUGUCACAGGGCAGCAGCGAGCAGUCCCUGCAACCCGAGUCAGGCUACAAUUUGGGUCAGUGGCCUGAAGGGACAAAAAGUCGUGUUUUCAGAUGGGUGAUGUGUGUGGGUGGGGAGAGCUGAGUGCUCCCCCUGGGGCCGGGUGCCAGCGUGCAUUCAGCUGCCUCGAGGCAGAGCUGGCUGCUGCCCUCUGGGGAGGAAGGCACCUUUUCUGCCUGGGGCCCAUUUCAGGAAAACUACUUGUUUGUAGGCUGCAUUUUUUUUCCAUUCAAAAUUUAUUGAGUCCCAGAGGAAAAAUAGGUAGUCCUACAACUAUUUACUGUAUGGAAUAGAUUCUAGUCACUAGAAGAAUGUCAGGGAGAAACUACACUGCUUUUCCCUCUUACCUUCUGAGCAUGUCUGGGAAGGAGCAGGCUUCAUAUUUCAUCCUUGAGAUUCAUUCCAUCGUAGGCCCCUG